GAUGCAAUGUCUUAAUUCAGAGCGUGCAGAAUCGCGCAGCAAAACUCAUUUUCAUGGCCCUUUGCUGAAGCUAUAGAAGGGUCUACGAACUUAUUCAAAUGUAUGGAUGUUUCUUUCCUGGGGACCUAGUGACGAGUUAUUCCAUUAUUAAACCUGAUGUCUAUGAACGAACUAUAAUACUAGGAAUCCAAUCUGCAUACGUUACUUGUUGCUAUGUGUGGCAAGCAUAUGGCAAGCUUUCAGGUUGUCAAGAACGACCUUUGUUAAUAGGCAUACAACAAUCUGAAUAUUGUAGUAAACCGGCCUGUUGCAUUGGCUGCCAAUCAGACAACACAUAGUGUAUACGAUCUUGACUACUGUAUUAGAGCUAUCAAAGGGCAUCGAUGCUACAAUACGUUUGCUAUAGGCUCUAACACUGAUUAUGAUGUUUGCUGAUACCUAAGGAGGACGUCAAUGUAUGUUUUUAACCAUUUAACCAACUACAACAACCACAAAUUGCAAAGUGAAUUAUGCAGAUUAUUAUGCGCUAUAGCACUUGAUAUUAGUAUACUGCUACUGUAAAAGAGAACGAAAGAAGAAUAAUUAAUUUGAAUUUUCAGAGUUUCCAAUGAAGGUGUAUGCGAUGGAAGGAAUACAUCAUGAAGAUCAAUGGCGCUACAUCAUUAUCCUGUCAAAGACUCUGUACCAAUUCUUACACCAAGGCCUCUUUAAGUCUUUUGGAGUCAUGAUUCCUGCCAUGGUAGCACAACUAGGUUGUUCUUACUCUGUCGCUGGGUUGAUAUCAUCAAUUCAUUUCACCGUGACUUAUAUUAUGUGUCCGGUGGCACAACGUCUUGCUGGUAGAUUUAGCAAACAAACCAUAGCGGUAGCGGGUGGAUGCAUCUUUAGUUUAUCCAUCUCGUGUGUCUUCUUCACACAAUCACCACUUAUCAUGGGCAUUUUAUUAUCCUUUGCAGGCUGUGGAAACUCAAUGAUCUUCCAAACUUCGUAUGCCGUCUUGCAAGAACACUUUGGAGAUCAGUUUGGAUCUAUGCACGCCCUUACUUCAAUUGGUCUAGGAGUGGGAGCGAUUAUUUUGCCUCUACUGACAUACGAGCUCCUAGGUGUAUAUGGUUUACAAGGGACCUUCUUGAUCCUUGGUGGACUCACUGCUAAUACUAUUCCACUUUGUGCUACUUUCAGGUCACCAUGUCAUGUUCCGUCGAAUAAAAUACAAAAAUCCAGGUAUAACAAGCAUAGUCUAUUGCGUAUGGAAGAAGAAAGUGAAGACGGAGACUUCGAAUGGGAUAAUAAUGGAAGUGUAGGAGAUGAGAACGAUGGGAUGUCGUCCUGCGAACCAAGAUAUUUCCUCGACAUAAUGAUAAAAACAUUAGCGCUUGAAGCUCUGUGGAAAGAACGUGAGUUUGUCUUCAUCAUGUUACCAUGCCAACUUCUUCUUGACAUCAUCUUCGCAGGAUGGUCUCUCUUUGUGGUAUCUUUUGCUGUCAGUGUAGGGAUCCCUCCUGACCGCGCCCCAUAUCUCCUUAUAGUGGGUGUGGUUGGAGGUCUUUUGACUCGCUUACUCAUCACUAUGGUGUUAAGAACACGCCCACAUUGGGCCACAAUCCUCUAUGGUAUAUUUACGCUCAUUUUAACUACUGCCGUUUUCUUAUACUACAUUAGUUCGACAUUUUAUUAUUUAUGUGCUUGUUCAUUCAUCGCGGGUUUUGGACUGUAUGGUGCCGAUAUAGCAUUUUAUGCCUGCUUAGCUGCUAGCGUUUCAGAAGGCAACUUCCCCGGCGUUCUAGCAAGUUCUUUCUUCUUCACUGGUAUAGGAAUGGCGUCGUCUGGCUACAUCACUGGUCGAUUAUACGACAUAACGAACUCAUUUGAGAUAGUUUUUCAGUUAUUUGGAGGUAUAGGUGUGCUGAUCUUCAUCCUGACUCUAAUCUUCAUCUACCGUCAAAGAACUAACUCGAUCUACUAGAAGACUAGAUAUUCCUUCGACUUGGCUAUACGCCCUGAUGGCCUUACAGCUCGGUUUUCGAAGCUUGGUUAUUCUUAGUUUCCUUUACUCCAGCGGUCCAGGUGUUGUUCGGCGAUACAAAGCCUACUCUCAUUCACUUCUGUAAUAUAGGUUUUCCCUCCCAAUUUCUUCAACGUUGCAUCCGAUUUAACAUCAUUCCAUUUCGAGCGAAUUUGAAUGAUCACCAAGAUCAACAUUAAAAAAGCUCACUAGUUCAUUCAAUUUAAUUGUAUUAGCAUGCGAUUUCAUGAUUUGUUUUUCUUCACAUAAACGUGUAAAAGGCGCGUUCAAAUUAAAAACGCACGUAAAUGCAUUCAAAUUCCACCGCCCUGAUAAACUUUAAGGUAUUCAAAUUCACGAAGAGGCAUGCAUAUUUUUCGGCAGUCUUCUUCGUUUUACUGUUUAUGUUCUUUGUAAUCUGCAUCUGUUUGAAUAAAUUAUGCAAACUUGAAGUGGGACCUUUAUUUGCCCUAUAUUGAAAUAUCUCAUUCCUUUGACAAACCGUCAUCGAAGCAAAAGCAAAAUAAUCAUGAGUAAUUUACAACCAUUCUGUAAGUGUUAUAUCCAUACUGCUAGGGAAUAAAGUGAAAUGGGAGAGAAGAUAUUCCCAGGGUUAAAACAAACUGGGGGAGCGAACUUUCGCUCAUGAUGGGUCUUCAUUAUGGAAUACUCUCCCUCAAUGGAUUACAAAUAGCAAUUCUGGUGAAGUGUUAAAAAACAAUCUUAAGAAA